CAUUCAUCACAUCAUUUCAUUCAUUCGCAGAUUUUUUGUGGGCGUACGGCGGACGUGUUUUAUGUUGAUAAUUUUAGAAGUUAUAAUAUUUACGUUAUUGUAUUCGAUAAAUUACAGUUUUUAAACCAGCAUUUGCCAGUAAUUUAUUGGUAAUAUACAGAUUAUAGUGAGGAUUUGUGUAAAUACAGUGUUUUUUGAUAGAGAAGUCCGCCCUCAUUUAAAAAUUAAAUCGUGUCGUGUUUGGUCUAAGUACCUCCGCCAGUAACUAUUUUUCGUAGUUGUGUUUUGCAUGUGCGUACUCUAUGGCGUCAUUAUCCUUGCCGCGAGUUCUCCAGCUGAAGAAGAACAGCUUGGAUGCUGAACGCGAACAGUUUGAGAAGUUUCAGGUAAGGUGUUCCGUUCCACUGGACUGGUGAUUUUUUGCAAUAUAUUCUCAGUUCACACCUGCAUGAUUUCUUGGUGCAAACUUCAGGCCAUCAAUAACUGCCAUUCUCGCCAAAGCUCGGCACUUAACUAAUGCAUGCAGCUGAUUCAGACACGGUCCACUAACACGCUAUGGCCAACCCCAACGACAAGCGCUUCUAUCAGCUGACACUAGCUAUACAGAAAGCGAUCAAUGCCAUCGAGACGCCCGUAAAAGAAAAACAUGUUCGCAGCACACUCAUCGGCACUUUCAAGGAGCAGAGCGCCAUCACAUAUUGGAUGGUGGCCAUUCGUCUUCCACUGCAAGAGAACCGCAUCGUGGCAUGGAAGUUCUGCCACGUGACACACAAGCUGCUGCGGGAGGGGCACCCCGCCUGCCUCGAUGACUCGCAGCGCCAUAUUGGCAUGAUCGAGAACUUAGGCAAGCUAUGGGUCCACUUACGCGAAGGUUACGGCAAGUUGGUGCACUUGUACUGCAACCUGCUGGUCUGCAAGCUGAAGUUCCACUCGCGCAAUCCUCGCUUCCCCGGCAACAUGCAGCUCACCGCUGAAGAGUUGGACGCGAUCGCCGAGAAUGACGUCAAUAAUUAUUUCCAACUAUGCGUGGAAUUGUUUGACUACAUGGAUGAAAUCCUCAACUUGCAAGCGUCAGUAUUCGACAGUCUCGGCAACGCCCGCGCGAAUUCGAUGACGGCGAGCGGACAGUGCCGGCUGGCCGCGCUCAUCCCGUGUGCGCAGGACGCGUCGCAGAUCUACGACUGCAACGUGCGACUGCUGUUCCGGUUGCAUGCCUCUUUGCCCGCUGACACGUUGGCUGGACAUCGCGAGAGAUUCAGACAGCAAUUCAAAAAGUUAAGCUCGUUCUACAAGCACGCCAGCAGUCUGCAAUACUACAGAAACCUCCUCACACUGCCAGUUCUGCCUUCUAACCCACCAAACUUCUUGCAACAGUCUGACUUCGGCACAUACGUGACUCCUGUGGUAUCGAUCCCGGAGCCGCCACCCGACGAAGUGGACUCUGUAGCUUCGCUCAUCGACACCUCCGACACUAUGAGCCAGGUGACGGUGGAUAAUCUAGAGGAUUUCGACAACCGUCCAACAUCGUCGCCGCAACCAGACCCCAUCGUGGAACGAGACCGGCUGAUCGAUCACCUGCAGAACGAACUCAAACGGAUGAGAUCAGAGGUGUCUCAACUUGUACAAGAGAGAAACACAAUGAUAGGAUCUAUGAAAGAACACUGUUCACGAAUUGAAACGCAACUACAUAAUGCCAAGGUAGAAUUAGAAGAGGAAAAACAUAAGGCUGAAAUACUUUCUGCUCAGACGCCAGAAAUUAAACAAAAAUUAACGGAAACCGAAGAAAAAGCCAAAGUAACAGAUGAAAAGUUUCAAAAACUAAAAGGAGCGUACACGCAGCUCAGAGAAGAACACAUCGCAUUAAUUAGACAGAAAGCUGAGGUGGACAAGUUAUCAGCCAGCCUGAGAGCAGCCGCCGCACAACACGAGAGCGCCAAGUUAGCCUUACAGCAACAACUUAAUGAUAGGAUAAAAGAUGUAGAAUUACUACAGCAAAGUGCUUCAUCAAGCGAAGAGAUAGAAGCAUACAAAUCCGAAAUAUUGAGUCUCCGUUCAGACCUCGAACAAUCCAGACAAAAGGAGGCCGAACUUGAAACUCUCAAGGCUUCCAUGGAGGCUUUAGAAAUAGAACACAACACUGCUACAAAGGAACAAGAAGAAAAACUAACAACGGUAACAAAUGAACUGAAAGAAACCACAGAAAACUUAGAAAGGAUCACUCAAGAAAAGGAACAGAAAGAAAUAGAGUUGAACAGAGUUAAAGAGGAGUUGGUAGGACUGAGAGAGAGUAGCGGGGAUGAGUAUAAAAAGGUAGUAGAAGAAAAAGAAGCGGCGUUGAAACAGGUAGCGGAGUUGCAACAACAGCAUUUGCAGGAGAAAGAGGAACAAAAGGCUUCAUAUGAGGACCAACUCAAAGAGUGUAAUCGUGAAAUCACUAUCCUAAAGGAUAGGUUGCAAAAUGUAACGGAAUGCAAAGAUGAAAUCAUCACUAAUUUGAAAAGUAUGGUGGCUGAGAAAGAUGGUCAAGUCAUAUCACUUAAUGUAGAGGUUACUCAAUUAACCGACGAGAAUUCCAGACUUAAAGAUGAGCUUACAGAAACACAGGCUGAACUAGAAAUAGGAAAGAACGAACUAUUUUCUUUGAGGGAAGAACAUGAUAAAAUAGUAGAAAUUAACGAAAGCAACUUAGCUAUGAAGAAUCAAGAGCUAAGAGAACUUCACGAUCAAGUUAAGGAACUCAGUGAACAAAAAACAGUCUUGGAGCGAGCAAAAGAAAAAAUAUCAACCGAUUUGACCUUAGAAAAAGAGGUAUUAGAGAGUAAAAUACUGGAACUUACCGUUGCUUAUGAAAAUCUGACGAAAGACAAUGACGAUACGAAGUCCGAAAAAGAGGCUUUGGAAAUUCAGCUGAACAAUGAAAUUAACAAAUUGAAAUUAGAAUUCGAACAAUUGAAAGAUGAAAAAGAAAUCGAGAUCCAAUCGUUGAAUACUAAAAUCGAAAGUCAGGAGACAGAAUUUAAUGAAGCACUGGCUGUGAAAGAUGCCUCUAUCGCUGAGGCCGAGACGAAUAUACAGCAACUAAAAGAUGACUUGGAACAAUUACACAAACAGAAGGCUGAUGAGAAGGAAGAAAUGGCUUCUGCAUUAUCUGCCAAAGAACACGAGAUGCAGUUAUUGGAAACUAGGCUAGGCCACGCGGAGAGUAAGAGAUUGAAUGCCGAGUGUGAAUUACAGGACUUGUUGCAACACAAUACUGUGCUCGAAGCCGACUUGUCGGCUGUCAAGCGACAACUCGCAGAGGCGCAGAAGGCGUUGGAAGAACAAAAGUCACGGCUAGUGACGUGUGCGGGCGAGGCGGCGCUGGAGGUGGCGAGCGGAGCGCUCACGUCGUUCGAGCACGGCAGAGACACGGUCGGGGAGGCUGCCGAACUCGCUGCCAAGGCUUUGGAGGAACUGUCCAGUCAUACUGAGGUGUCAGGCAACGAGGAGUCAGUAGCGAAGUCAGCUAUCAUUGCGGCACACAACACGGCUCAGCUUUCAGCGUAUGUUGCUGAAGUGUCCAACGUUUCUACUGAUAUGGCACUCGCAGACAAACUAAAUACAGAAUGUCGUUCAAUGUUGUCCGCGACCAAGGAAUGCCUGGAAUCUAUAAAGGGCGGUUCAGUAGACAGCUCGCAUUGUUCUGAGGUCAGAACAAAGGUCCGAAGUCUGAUGACUGCUGCGGCAGCUGCUGAUAGACUCAACAGUGGAGCUAGGAGUGUGGAUGAUGAAUUAGCAGACAUGGAUAAGGCUAUUGAAGAAGCUGCGUCGCAGAUUGAGAACAUGUUAGCGGCAACCCGCGCCGGCGACUCGGGCGUCAAACUAGAAGUGAACGGGAAGAUUCUAGACGCCUGCACCACUCUAAUGGGGGCCGUCAAAAUACUCGUACAGGACGCGAGGAAACUGCAGAACGAGUUGGGAGACCCCAAAACUCGACAGAAAAUGUACAGGAAGAACCCCCAGUGGUCUGAAGGACUUAUUUCAGCGGCUAAGGCUGUUGUGUUUGCUGCUAAACUGCUAGUGACAUCAGCAGACGAGGCAGUAGGUGCAUCAGGUCAAGUGGAAGGUGUAUCGGCAGCCGCGCAUGAAGUGGCGGGUAGUACGGCACAGUUGGUGGCCGCGUCCCGUGCGCGCGCGCCGCCCGGCUCGCCCGCGCUGUCGCGGCUGACGCAGGCCAGUCGCUCCGUGGCCGCCGCCACGGGAGCACUGGUCGCUGCUGUAAGGGCUGGCUCCGCGCUCGUGUUGGAGCAAGAGGCGCUAGACACGUCCUCCCUCUCGCUGACGGCCACGCGGCGCCUGGAGAUGGAGAGCAAGGUGCGGUCGCUGAAGCUGGAGACGGCGCUGGACGCCGAGCGCAGCCGCCUCGCCGCGCUGCGCAAGCGGCACUACCAGCUCGCGCAGAUGGAAGAGAAUGGAAACAUGGAAAACGGCAAAGAUUGAACACCUGGAAAAUUAUUAAGUGAUAAUAAUCAUCAGCUGUUAAAAUUGCUAACGGUUUUAGUUAGGCUUUGUCCAGUUUCCGUGCACUUUUCUUUUUUUUGAAGAUAAUUGUACUCGCAUUUUUAUAGUUUAUUUUAUACAACGAAUUUUGUACUAUCAUGCUUGCCGAUUGCUCAGUUUACUAAAGUGACGGACGAGAGAACGCGUCUUCCUAACGGGCGACAAUCAAUUACUAAUUAAUACAGUAUACUGUACGACUUAGCAUCCUAAUAAAAAUAAUAAUUCGAUAUAAGGCAUUUACAAGCAAGUAAAUUAAUUAUUAGCUAUGGAAUUCGUAAUAAAUGUCCACAUAGAAUUACAUGAUACAACUUAUAUGCAGUAGUUUUAAUUACGUAACAAACUCCGUAGAAAUUGCAGGAGAAACGGCGUUUAUGGAAGUGUAAACCAGUUACAAUGUCGAUUAACCUUGGAAUGGCUGUAACACUGAGUAACUAAGAUAACAGAGCGGUUUUCACAUUAAGCUGAUGUUAUUGACCUGCUCUAAUCGAUGUCAUUAAGAUGGUAAACCCGGACGGUAGAACGGUAGCCAGUAGAUGUAUGUAAACCUUAGUGUCUUCAGUGAACGACUGAGGAGCGCGUGAGGCUCGACAAGCCUUUAAACUGGUCUGAUCCCCCCGAACGUGGAGUACGCAUGAUCACGAGACUAUAAGCUUUAAGCAAAGAGACUAAGGUAAAUUGUGAAUUGUCUAUGUACCUUUAUGUAUAGAAAUAGAUAUUUUAUAAUUGAAUUAUGUUAGUUUAUUAUACACGUGUUAUGGCAUGGGCAUUGUUUGUACGAGUAGCCGUGUCAUGCGCAUUCCGAUACAAUUUUUGUGUAGAUUAGCUAGGUACGUACGUAAGCGUGUGAUCACAAUCUAUGCAGCCUAGGAUAUCACUAAUGUUAGCCUAUAAGUGUACCCGUUUGUUUGAUUUAUAUAAAUAUACCUAGUAUUGAAUGAUUCGGACAGAAAUCGCCUGCACGGCUCAUUUGUAUUAUUUAUUCCUUGUUUUACAUUUACUAAUAAAAUUUACAUGAUGUGAAACGUAA